AUGCUUCGUUGCGGCAAUGCCACCGCUCUCCGGUCCGGAAGCGUGGCAAUGAGACCACUUCUCCGCACACAGUGGCUCCGGACUACCCCGAGUCGAUCUUUCUUUCACAUUGCGGAAUCUGGACCUCGUAUAGGAACAUCAUGGAGACACUCGGCGCGGAUUGGGACUCUGCACGCAAGGCAAAUGCACGAGGCUGUGGCCGCGGAGGGCCCACCCGAUAUUACCUUCAAGGAGGAGAGUGCGCCUCGUGAGAAGGAGGAGGAAGAAAGGGAGAGUGAGCCUGCAGACUCUGAUGGAAAACAAAAGUCUCCUCAGUCUGGUUCCGCCACAGAAGAAGUGCUUGAUAAACGGACGCUACUGCGUCGGCUUGUUCGGAGGGAAUGGGUGCCGCAGACGUACUUCGUUCCUCUCUCUGUGGUGAAUGCGGAGUUGAAAUGGCUGCGUGACCCAUUGGCGCUGGCCGAGCGCGUCCGGCGUUGUCUGGCAGAUGGGCACCUGGCGCUUGGUGUGUCGCUUGUUUAUAAGGCCCAGAGCAAAGGGUUCAGGUGCACUGCGGCUUUUAAUCGGCUGUUGGAGUAUCUAUUGCGGGAGAAGGAGCCGGAGCUUGCGUUCAGAGCUUGGAAUGAUAUGAAAAAGCGAGGUAUCGAACUUAACUCGAGAUCUUACACUGUUUUCCUGAACGGUCUCUGCCAGGACUUCGACAUUAAGGGCUUCAAGCCGGUGAAAUUGGCCUCGAAAAUCUACAUGUCGCUCUACGCUGAGACUUCCGUCGUCGAACCCCAUAUCAUCCACGCCAAUGCAAUGCUUAAGGUCUGCUGGUGGCACCGAGAUAUGGAAGUUCUAUGGGAGGUUGCUGGUGCACUGCCGGAGUCCGGCAAGCUAGCCCCGGACCUAUUGACCUACACCACGCUGUUAGGGGCUAUCGCAGGUAGUACGAGGGCCGAAACGUCGGAGUUGUAUAAGGGAAAUAUCAAGACGGCGGAAAGAAAACAAGUUGAAGUUGAGCCGCUUCUGCAAAGGAGAGCUCAGGGAAUACAGGAAGCCAAACGGGUCUGGGCCGACAUUGUUUAUCAAUGGAAGAAGGGCCGGGUGCCCAUGGACAAU